AUGUCAAGGGUGGUGGCUUGCACAGCUACACCAUCAGCAUGGUCCACCAGCGCAGUGAAACGUCGCAAGACGGAGGACUCCGCCCUGAAGGAGCAGGAGGACAGACGAGCUCUGCUGAGACGGCACGUCCGGCGGAAUGUCAACCUGGCGGAUGAGACGUGCGUCCCUCCCAGCCUGCUGGGGAGGGAGCUGGGCAUGGGCGUGGGCAUGGGCAUGGGCAUGGGCAAGAGCAUGAGCAUGAGCGGCGGUGGCGUGGGCAGCUGGAGCGACGUCGUGAGCGCGGCGGCCUGGGCCGACGGUCUCGUUCACAGGGGUCACGUCAGGUGGUCACCCGGGGUGGAUGCGCAUCCGCCCGGGGUGGGGAACCUGUCGUGUCUAUGGGUCGGGGAGGUCGGACCUGGUACGGGGGUGGUCUUUGCUCCCGAUCAUGAAGAGACGUCACCGCUCACUUGCCCCGUUCCCCUGGAUCAGGAUGGAAACAUCGACGUCCACGGCACUAGGCUGCCGUUCCGGUACGCCGACCGCGUGAGGUGUCCGCAGAUGUCGGGCGUGGAGUACCACUCUGCCUCGAGGGGGGUGCUUCUCACGUCGAGGGCGCCGCGGGCCCAUGUCGGGCUGUCCCUUCUCAAGCCGUUUGGAGACGACGUCGAGUACCACCCCUACCAAUAUCUUUCCACCCGCUCCAACCGUAGAGACACAGUGGUAAACGGGUGCGCUGCGGCACCCUCCCCGUCCAACCUCCUGUGCGUGCUGGCCACCAACUCCGGCGUCGUGAGCGUAUCGCUGGACGGGAGUAUGUCAUCCGUAGGAUCCGCCGUGGCGGCAGCAGCGCCUGAGCAGGCGCUGCCCAAGGAGAUCCUCGACGUCGACUUCCAGAACCCAAAUGUCGUCUUUGCCGGCGGCCGCUCCCCGAGGAUAUGGAUGGCCGACCUGCGCAGCCCAGACAACCAGUGGGCGUCCGUCAGGCACGCCAGCUCCGUGGCCCGUCUUCGCGCCGUGGGGGCGAACCAGAUCGUCGCCUGCGGACCCAGGAAUGCCAUGGCCCUCUACGAUGUGCGCUUCGUCUCACGGCGGCAGCAGCGGCAGCAGCAGCAGGAUAGACCACUGGUCGAGUUCCCCGAGUAUCGCAACGAGGCACAGAUACACGUCGGCUUCGACGUCUGGCCUCCGGGGCAGCAGAGCGGCGCCGGCGCUGGCGGGGUACCCCCCGUCGCUGCGGCGGCGCACGAGGACGGCUCGGUGGCUCUGUACUCGCUCUCCUCGGGGAGGAGGCUGCCCUGCAGGGCCCUGCGGGAUACCGUGAACCGUCUGCGCGAGCCCGCGCGACCGGCGAGGUACGGCGGGGGACGCCCGUCGGCGCCGGCUGGGAGGAACAGGCUGGUCGGGCCGGUCAAGGCGCUUCGCUUCGCAGAGAUGUCGUCUGAUGGGUCGCCUAGCCUGUGGGUCGGCCAGGGGCCCAGCGUGGACAAGUAUACCUUUGGACGGGGGGAGGAUGACGAAUGA